GGAUUUUUCGGAAGCAUGCGAGAACGCGAGAUGUCAUUGACAUGAUGUUUGAAAAUAAUGCCCUUGCAUUAUUAAUUACUCCAGUUUUGCAAGGGAGUAUAACUGUUGGGACCCAUGUUUUAAAGUUCUAAAUCGAGUGCCUUUUUUGUUACAUGUGAAUGCCAUGUUAAAGCAGGUUUUGUGUCACUCUGAAGAUAUUGUUCAACCAGAGUGAAACACUACUACUGCUAUCAAGUCUGCAAUCUUGUUGACUUUCUAUUUGGAGUCAGCUGGAAAGACAAGUGUUACAUUAAACCUUGGAAUGUAUUCUCUUCAGUAUAAGAAGGACAAUGCCCAUGAUGACUGCAUCUGGAGUUGCGCUUGGGGCCGGUACAAACCCAAGCCAGCCGAUGCGACACCAGCUGCAGGGGAGCCGGCCGCGGACGAGUCGGAGCGGCCAGCGCCGGCGGCGCUCCCCUCCGAGCUGGUGCUGACCGGCGCGCUGGACGAUACGGUGCGCGUCUGGGAGUGGACCGACGGUCAGCUGGUGCCGCGCCACACGCUCGAGGGCCACGCGCUCGGCGUCAUGUCCGUCGACAUAGCGGCCGACGGCCACGUGGCGGCGUCGAGUUCGCUGGACUCGACCAUCCGACUGUGGGACCUGGGCACCGGUGGUCUGCUGAAGACCAUCGACGCCGGCCCGGUCGAGGCCUGGUCCGUCUGCUUUUCGCCCGACUCUAAAAUGGUCGCCACCGGCUCUCACCUGGGCAAGAUCGUCGUCUACGGCGUCGAGUCGGGUAAACAGGAGCAGAGCUUCGACACCAGGGGCAAGUUCACCUUCAGCAUCGCCUACAGUCCAGACGGCAAGUACCUGGCCAGUGGCGCCAUUGACGGCAUCAUCAACGUGUUCGACAUCGAGUCGGAGCGGCGCGUGCACACGCUGGAGGGGCACGCCAUGCCCAUCCGGUCGCUGGCCUUCUCGCCGGACUCGAAGCUGCUGCUGACAGCCUCAGACGACGGGCACAUCAAGAUGUAUGAUGUACACCACGCCAACCUGGCCAGCACGCUCUCCGGCCACUCCUCCUGGGUGCUCUCCGUGCACUUCGCCGACGACCACAAACACUUCGUGUCCAGCAGCACGGACAGCACGGUCAAGGUGUGGGACACGGCCUCGCGGACAUGCCUGCACACCUUCCAGGACCACUCGGACCAGGUGUGGUGCUCCCGCUAUAGCCCCGGCUCGGAGCGCAUCGUCUCCGUGUCCGACGACCGCAGCGUGCACGUGUACAGCUGCCCGACGUGAGGGCCGCCGGCGGAAGGCAGCCCAGCCCCGCCCAGCUGUUGCGAGGCGGCCCCCCACCGGCCCCGGCGGCUCCGCGCCGCCACCACCGAUUGGCGAGACGACGGCGCCGGCUCCGCCGCGG